AUGGAUGACGACGGUGCCGCCUCCCCGUCGCCCUCGCCGUCACCGUCGCGCUCCCCUUCCUCGCUUCCGAUCGCCGACCCCGUCACCGUCGCCGCCGUGCCCCCCGGCCACCUCGCCCUCGCCAUCCCUAUCCAUAAGCAUGGUCCCUCCAACGGCGGCGGAGGGAGCGACGGCGCCACCUCCACGCUGAUCGACGCCUGGGGUGAGCGCUUUGUCGCGCUCGGCCGCGGCAGCCUACGCCACCCGCAGUGGCAGGAGGUUGCCGAGGUCGUCUCCUCCCGCGAUGGCUACUCCAAGCCGCCCAAGUCCGACGUCCAGUGCAAGAACCGUAUCGACACCCUCAAGAAGAAGUACAAAGUCGAGAAGGCCAAGUCGGACUCCUCAUGGCCAUUCUUCGACCGCCUUGACUUCCUCCUCGCCCCAGUCCAGAAGCUCCUGGGCAAUUCUGGCGGGCCAGCAGGAAAUUCUGGCUCCAAUCCCAACAACCGGAGCACCGCACCUAUGGCCCCGCGUGUCAACUUCCCUCAGCGCACCCGCACGGCCUUUCCCUCGUCAGGUAUGAAGCGGAGGCUGCCAUCGCCGCCACAGGCGUCAGCAUCGUCGGAGUCGUCCGACGGGUUCCCACCUGAACCACUGGCUGAGGCCGUGAACGGCAAGAGGCAACGCCUCGAGGAGUCGGCGAAUGGAGCGGACAGCAGCGACCGUGCACAGGGCCUGCGCGACCUGGCACAGGCGAUUCGACGGCUUGGGGAGACAUACGAGCGCGUGGAGUCCUCAAAAGGGGAGCAUGAGCUCCGGAUGGAGCGGAACCGCCUGGAUGCCGCACGCGAGCUGGAGGACCAGCGUGUGCAGUUCUUCCUCAAGAUGCAGAUGGAGAUCUCGAAGGCCAACAAUGGUGCUCCACUCGCUGUUCCACUUGCUGCCGCUGCCAUGGUCGGUAAUUCAGCCUCUACAGCAGAAGAUGGCGACUCGCCAGCUACUGCUGAUGGCAACGGUCCAAGGAGAGCCUCUAUGGCAACCGAUGUCAUGGCCAGCAGCAAUCACCAUGUCCGGUACCGUGUCAAGGACGACAGGCAUCACCAUGCCUCACAACGCCCAUCUUACCUGUACAACGAGAACAAUGUUGUUGCUGCGGAUGCCGGAGGCAUUGGUAGUGGCAGCGAUUCCAGCAACAAGGAAGACGAGGAAGAGAUGGAAGACGAAGAGGAAGAGAGCCAGUAA